CCUGCUCUCUUUUAGUCUGAAGCCAUUCCCCCUUGUCCUCUCACUACAUGUCCUUGUAAAAAGUCCCUCUCAUCUUUCUUGUAGGCUCUCUUCAGUUACUGGGAGGUUGCAAUUAGGCUACCCUAAAGCCUUCUCUUUUCCAGGCUGAACAUCCCCAAUUCUCUCAACCUUAAUGUGUGCAUGCAUAUAUAUAUAUAUAUAUAUAUAACAAAAUCUAUAAUAUAAAUAAUUUUUAUAUGUUAGAUAUAUAUAACUGCUAUGAGAUAACUGGGCAGUCAUAAGCACAGCAGUACACACUGUGUUAUGUGCUGCUACAAGUGGGGUGGUUGAGCACUGAAUUCCUGCAUUUCAGUCUUUUUUUCUUUUUCCUCUUUAUUUCUUUGUCACUGAUGUCCCUAGAGAGGAAUUGCACUGGCUUCUGGGAGAACUGGUUCAAGACUCCCAAGGAACAACUUGGGGCACACAAAGGCAUAUAACAACAGCUUCAGAGUUUUGGUCCCAUUUUUAAUUUUUUUUAAUACUGCCACCAAGCUCAUCUGAGCAUCAGAAACCAGCAACUGCUGCAGUUGUGCUCAAGUAGCAAAGCUUGACACUAAUGUGUGUGUUGUUCUGGGUUCUGUAACCAUGGUAAAGGGAUUUACAUCUGUCUUUUUAACUAGGUCAAAAGGAAACUACGCAGCUGUGUGCUUAAAAGAUCAGAGUUUAACAGGCCUCCACCAACAGCUUGCCAAAGACUUUCUAAAUGCUCAGCUCUAUGGGCCACACACCAAGCGGGUACAGGCAAAUGAAUUUUUUUCGCUUGCAAACAAGAAAGACCCAGUUAAAAAAGCUGCAGUUCAGUUUGUGGACAAAUCUUGGGGGCAAGAAAAAAAGGAAAAAGCAGCAAGGUUUAAGAAACGUUGGAUCGCAACACAGACUAAAAAUUGAGUCUGAAAACAGCUUUUUCAGAAGAUGAUAUUAAGGACUUUUGCUGAAAGUUAAUCUCUCAAAACAAUAGUGGUUUUUUUCCCUAUUUCAUCAUCACUUUGCUUUCAGCUCCACCUACCAGAAGGCACUGACCUUCACCAAGCUGUGCCUGAUCAGACUUUCCUGUUCUCUCCCCCUUUCAGAAGUUCUUGGGGAAGCUACAAAGCGACAGGACCAAGGCAAUGUUGUGUAACAGCUGGUGUUAGGACCAGGCUUGUUGAGCUGCCUCUGUGAGGCAAUGCCUUUGCAGAGAAUAAAGAUGAGCCAUGUUGUACCUAC